CUCCUCCUCUGUUUAAAUAGACUUGCGGUGUCAAUCAUUUUCUUCUUCGUCAGCCUCCCUUCCACCGCCAUAUUGGGCAACUAAAAAAAGGGGGCUCGUCUUUUCGGGGUGUUUUUCUCCCCCUCCCCUGUCCCCACUGCCUCGCCGCUCCGCGACUCCGACGCCGGCAAGGUUUGGAGAGCCGCUCGGUUGGCGGGACCCGCGGGCUCGCCGCCGCCCGGGCUUGGACGGGCUUUGCCACCCCCUCCUCUCUCCACUCCCCUCCCCUCCCCGCCCUCGAGCUCGCCGGUACACUUGAUCGGCGGCGGCUCUCGGCUGCCUGGCCGGGGCUUCCCCUCCCCCUCCCGCAGAGCCAGCGCGCCCCUGACGCUCGGGCAGUUACUUGUCCGUGUUUGUUUCUCUUGGCUCCGAGCGCGGUCGCAGGGCUUAUAAGAGGGGUGCGGGCUGGGUCGGGGCGUUUUGUUUUGUUCAGUUUUGUUCUGCGAGCGCGCGCGCGAGGCGGUCGUGAAGACCCGGGAGGAAGAUGUCAAACGUGCGGGUGUCUAACGGGAGCCCGAGCCUAGAGCGGAUGGACGCCAGACAGGCGGAGUACCCCAAGCCCUCCGCCUGCAGAAACCUCUUCGGCCCGGUCAACCACGAAGAGCUGACCCGGGACUUGGAGAAGCACCGCAGAGACAUGGAAGAGGCAAGCCAGCGCAAGUGGAAUUUUGAUUUCCAGAAUCACAAGCCCCUGGAGGGCAAAUACGAGUGGCAGGAGGUGGAGAAGGGCAGCUUGCCCGAGUUCUACUACAGACCCCCGCGGCCACCCAAAGGCGCCUGCAAGGUGCCGGCGCAGGAGAGCCAGGACGUCAGCGGGACCCGCCAGGCGGUACCUUUAAUGGGGUCUCAGGCAAACUCAGAGGACACACACUUGGUAGACCAAAAGACUGACACGGCGGACAACCAGGCCGGCUUAGCGGAGCAGUGCACUGGGAUAAGGAAGCGACCGGCCACAGACGAUUCCUCUCCUCAAAACAAAAGAGCCAACAGAACAGAAGAAAAUGUCUCAGACGGUUCCCCGAACGGGGGUUCAGUGGAGCAGACGCCCAAGAAGCCGGGCCUCAGAAGACGUCAAACGUAAACUGUUCGAAUUAAGAGCACGUUUCCUUGUUUAUCAGAUACAUCACUGCUUGAUGAAGCAAGGAAGAUAUAAAUUAAAAAUUUUUAAUACAUAUCGCUGACUCCAUGGAAUGGACAUCCUGUAUAAGCACUGAAAAGCAACAACACAAUAACACUAAAAUUUUUAGGCACUCUUAAAUGAUCUGCCUCUAAAAGCAUUGGAUGUAGCAUUGUGCAAUUAGGUUUUUCCUUAUUUGCUUCAUUGUACUACCUGUGUAUAUAGUUUUUACCUUUUAUGUAGCACAUAAACUUUGGGGGAAGGGAGGGUGGGGUGGGGCUGCGGAAUUGGCAUGGGGGGACCUUAUGAAGAGCUUGCUUCCAUUUAGAGCAAGGAGUAAAAUAUUUGACUUGCAUGGAGAGAAGCAGUUUUGGGAAGGGUUUGAAUUGUUUAAAGAUGUAAUGUCUCUUUCAGUGAAAAUUGAUACUUCAUUUAAAAAAAGCAUCUGAAUUUGAGCACCGGUUGCAAAUAAUGGCCAGUUAUUUUUACAUGAAGCUUUUUCUCAUUUGGGAGCUCUGAUGAUUCCAUAUAUACUGGCAAAUGGCUUUUUUUUUUUUUUUUUUUAACAACAGCAAAAAAAAAA